GUUUCUGGGAUAUCGGGUCGGUGAUGGACACGGCAGGGUUGCUGAAGGGGGCCACCGCCGUGGGAUCGCGAGCUCGGCGGAAACUUCUUACGGCGGAAGAAGCGGAACUGUUCGAACUUGUGCAGGCUGCGGGGAGCGGCAUUGACCCGGAAGUGUUUAAGAUUCUUCUGGACCUUCUACGCAUGAAUGUGUCACCUUUGGCUGUCUUUCAGAUGUUGCGUUCCAUGUGUGCUGGACAGAGAUUAAUUAGUACUGAGGCUCCUUCUGAUGCAGCACGAGAGCCCCCAAUUGUGUCUGCCAAGGCCAGUAAUAUCCCUGCACCACUCUCAUUUUCCUCUGUCCUUCGACCUCCACGAAUAAGGGUCCCUAAGGCUGUGGGCUACAGUCCUGCUGCAGGUCGCUCGCCUCUCUCUCAAGGUCCCCCUGGCUCUUUCCAGUUUUCUUGCUGCCUGUUCUCUCCUUUUGCAGGGAGGGCAAGAACCAUUUCUACAGCAGCUGGCAAUCAACCUGUGUCAGAUCAUAGCAACCGAGAAGGAUCUGGUCAACGAGUACCACGGCAGCCAAGUGCCAGCAGGCUGCCGAAGACUGGGUGUCCUGUGAAAAAUCCAUAGAUACUUAGAAAAUGGCUAAACAUUAUUCUCAUGUUCCAGGAAAGCCAAUGACUAGAAUGCUAUGUAAAUUUCUAACUAUUAAAUAACAUAAUGAACUUGUUCAAAUUAAUUUGUUGUUCAGUUUAAAUAUCAGGCAGUACAGAAUAUGUUGUUUCUGUAUUUCUUGUAUUACUGUUUAUGAUUACAUGUAGCUUUGUUACCUGUUGAUUUCUAUUGGGGAACUUUUCUUUUUUGAAAUUAAGUUAUACAAAUCUUUUAACUUGUCUCCUAUGGAAUCCAUGUGCUUAUUCACAUAAAUUUUGACAGUGCAGGUAAUCCUUGACUUGCAACCACAAUUAAGCCCAUAAUUUCUGUUGCUAAGCAAAACAUUUGUUAAGUGAAGUUUGCCUUCUUCAUAAAUGAACAAAUGAAAAUCUUUCUUUCUGCAGUCAAGCCUAUGGCUCUGUGAUUCUCCGAUGGUCUUUCAUGAAAAUGCUAAUCAGAUCUGAUCUUGCAUGAUCUUGUUUUUCCAAGACCAGCCAAAGCUGGGUGGAUACUGCUACUCAACUUCGUUUUAAAACAUGCAUGGCAGCCAACCCUAAAUCCUGAAUUCUAUGCAAAUGUUUUUGGGAAUAAAUUCAGUAAGAAUUAGGGUUAUUUCAGCUAGCUACUGCAUUCCUGAAACAAAUUUAUUAACAAAGAACAAAGAUGCAAAUGAUAUUCCAAGUUGAUUUAGCCUCUUAAAUAUGCUUAAGGAUCAUUUUUGAAGCACUAAUUAGAGAGAAAAUAAUUUUGUAGUUAAAGUAUUCUUCAAGAAAUGUAGUGAUUGCAGGUUCAGAACAAAAUAUGACUGGCAAUGAGUUUAUGCUAUCCUUAAUAUAGACCUGCAUGAAUUCAAACUGCAUUUGCUGAGGAACAACAGCAGGAGUGUCCUAUACUGUACAUGUUUAUCAUAAUUGUAUAACUGGUGUGAUUUCUCUAGUAUUAUGUCUGUCCCUCACAUAGCUCACCAACUAUUAGUUUUCCAUUUUUGAUCUAAGUGUGCAGUUCUUACGUAAUUUUUCUAUUCCACGAAAAAUCUUUCCCUUCAGUCCUUGCCUCUAAUGUUUAAUGUGACCAGGGAAAGUUUAAGUUUGGCUACAUUAUGAUAGGCAUUUGGAGAACUAAGAUGAUUAUGAAGGUUAGAUAAAAACAGAGCAAGGAGUUAAAAAAAAAGGAUUGCAGAAAAAAGUAUAAGAGAUAGUGUAACAAAACAAAUCAAUUUGUGGCAUAUUUUGAACUAUUGCCUACAUUCCUCACCAUCAUCUGUGGGAAGAACUGCUUCCCUGUAUUUUUCAGUAAUGUGGAACCCUAUUUCUAAUACAGGUAGUCCUUGACUUAUGAUAUUAAUGGAGCCUGCCCAUUCAUGUCAGAAGUAGAGGACCACAUUAAAUGAAGCAUCUAACAACAUCCCUGUCCCUGUUUUCCCCAAUGCAUUUGUUAAAUGAAUGCACAGGUGAUUAGGUAGAGCAUGGGUGACUCAAGGAUGGGAGAAACCAAAGGAGGCCUAGUGCAGGUGCAGGCACUUCCAGGAGGCCUCUCCCACCCUCUAAGGUAUUCCAUGCUUUGCCUCCUGCCCCUUGAUUUCCCCAAAACCCUAUGGACCUCCUCCAUAUCCCACCAUUUGUUUACUUGCAUUUUGAUGAGCUCAGAAAGUCAGAGUAGAGAAGGCUGCUCUCUCACCGGGCCACGUGGCACAAUCAAAAAUAUGAAAUUAGGUCACUUUUGCUUCCAUGCCGCCAGCUCUAGCUUUACACUAGUCUUACACAGGUGGCGCUAAGAAAUCAUAGUGAUUUAGGCUGAUUGGAGAGGAACCAGAAUAGGCAUGAUUUAUUCAUAGCACUGCCAGUGCUACCUUUACGCUAGUCUUAUGGUGGUAGAGCAAAGAAGAAAUCUUAUCUCUUGGUUCCAUGGCAAUUCUUUUCUCCCAGCCAGGGUAAAUCACUACCGAUUUAUACUGGCUGGCGGGAAAGGAUUGCCAAGGAAAUGAGAGAGAUCAGAUUUCUUCUUGAUUAUGCCACGUGGCCCAGCAAAGGAGCAGCCUUCUCUACGUAAGAUGGUUGGUAAGUACUCACUUACUCUCUACAUAAGUAAUUAGGUAAGUAGGUAGGUAAGUGACGGGGAAGUGGGGGGGGGGACACGAAUGCAUAGAACUCAGUAUCUUGGCAAAGCAGACCAACAUACUGGAUUCUAGGGGCGUCUGAGGACCUGGCCAGGCAAAAUGGGAGGGAAAUUGGGUGGGUGGGUGUGCUGCAGUGUCUCUGCAGUCAGUCAUAAGGGCAAAUGAUAAAUGAUCAUGGGGGUGCUGCAGAAUUUGUAACUUUGAAACAUUUGUAUUUAGCUUUUGGGGUAUGCAUUGUAACUUCAAGCAUUUGUUGAAUGGCCUGUCAUACCUCAAGGAUUACCUGUAUCUUGAACCAUCUUGUUUCCCCAGCAGCUUCAGCUGUAUUUUAUCUGCUGCUCUGACCUCUCCCCUGCAUUUCCUCUGUAACCUUUCACCUGAAUUUAAAGUAGUAUCUGUUGGCACAUUAAAUCUGGGAGGCAGUUCCUUACCGCAAUUGUUCCCUCUUGGACUACUAUUUUGUAAGUUUAUGUUAUACACUUAAAGUAAUAAAAUGAACUAUUUUUUUUACUUUGAAUGCCUCUUUACACUAGCUGACAGCGGUACUAAAUCAGUGUUCUUUGUCUGGAGAUAUAAGCAUUUUAAAUAAAAAUAACUCUUUGCUCAUAGAAAUAACAUAAAUAAUUUGAUGUUAGACUUUUACAUGCAUACAGGGCAGAAUUUCAGUUCACUUUGUGGCAGCCUUAGAUAUUAUUUUGGUGCCCAGAAUUUUGUUUGUCAUUUUAUCAACAUAAAUGAUUAUCAACUAAAGUUGAAGGUAAUUGUUUGAGAAAUGUACAACUUGCUUAUUUAAUUAUGACAGAAUAGAUCAGUGGUUCCCAAAGUGGGUGGUACAACCCCCUGGGGGGGGAUGAUGUAGGG